GUCCACGCUUCCGUUCGCCCCGGUGGUGUCUGCUUUCGGCUUCCCGGGUUCUUGGUGGGCUCGAGAGGCCGGCGAGCUUGUGGUGGCCCUUGCGCCGGGGAAGCAGGGCCAUGGAGAAGCUGCGGCGGGUCCUGAGCGGCCAGGACGACGAGGAGCAGGGCCUGACCGCGCAGGUCCUGGAUGCCUCGUCCCUUAGUUUCAACACCAGGUUGAAGUGGUUUGCCAUAUGCUUCGUGUGCGGCAUUUUCUUCUCUAUCCUUGGAACUGGAUUGCUGUGGGUUCCUGGCGGCAUAAAACUUUUUGCACUGUUUUAUACCCUUGGAAAUAUUGCUGCAUUAGCCAGUACAUGCUUUUUAAUGGGACCCAUGAAGCAACUGAAGAAAAUGUUUGAAACAACAAGAUUGCUUGCAACAGUUGUUAUGCUUUUGUGUUUCAUAUUUACCCUGUGUGCUGCUCUUUGGUGGCAUAAGAAGGCACUGGCCGUGUUAUUCUGUGUAUUGCAGUUCUUGUCAAUGACCUGGUAUAGUCUAUCAUACAUCCCAUAUGCAAGGGACGCAGUAAUUAAAUGCUGUUCUUCUCUCCUAAGUUGAAAAUCAGAAACUCUUCGAAAAAAGUAUUGGAAAGUUGAUGUUCUGUUUUUGGUGAAGUAUGCUUUUACUGAUACAAUAAUCACUCCAAGAAGAAGUGCUGUGACAGUUUUCAGACCAUUUUGUGCGCUAGUAAAGACUAUAUGCUUGAUUAAACUGUUAAAUGCUUGUAAC